AUGGCCCGGGGUGCCCUUUGGGGAAGUGAGCAUGGUCUGGGACUGGUUGGGCAUUUGGGGUCCUGUGCUGACCCUUCCCAAGAGCACCCUAAACAACCAGUGCUAGGACUGGAGAGCCCACAGUCAGAAAUGAGCGGUGCCCAAUUCUGGGGCUUUUUCCAGAACCCCUGUGGACAGCCCAAGGUCUUCUUCUGUCACUGCUUUGUCUACAAUCUGUGUCUUCUGCUAUUCCUGACUCCCAGUGGGCGCAACCUCACCCCUGCCAAGCUGCCUGCCAAGAAGCGAGAACAGUUUCUUGGGAUCUGUGAUGUGGCCCUUUGCCGGCAGGUGCAGCUGCUGGGGGUGCGGCUGGUGGUGGGAGUGGGGCGACUGGCGGAGCAGCGGGCACGGCGGGCUCUCUUAGGGCUAAUGCCAGAGGUCCAGGAGUAG